AACCACAACAAAUAAAAAUAACAAACAACAAGUUUUGACAUUUUAAUUAUAAAGCCAAUUUGUGAAUAGGAGGAGGUGUUCCAUAAACCAGCAGAACUGCUGCUGUUACCACAAACAAUGGCACCAUCUCGGGCAUUGAUACAGCCAUCAACAACAAUAACAGCCCCAAAACGUUUUGUACUCAAGAACCUGUUGUGUCUGAUUAUUGGCUUAGUUAUGGGUAUACAAGUGACACUGUUUUGGUUUGAAGAUGCUACCCCCAUGGAGUGGAGAAAGUAUUCGAGCUCAAACUUGACUAGAGCUUCUAGGGAUCCAUACUCCAAUUAUGCUGUUGAAUAUUUGUUUAAUACUACGCGCGUACUGUGUUGGAUCAUAACUCAACCGGAAAAUCAUAUGACCAGAGCCAUUCAUAUACGGCGUACCUGGGGACAACGCUGCAACAAAUUGAUCUUCAUCAGUACCCAGGAGGAUGAAAGGUUGCCCACCAUAUCAAUGCCCAUUGAAGAGGGCCAGGAACAGGUGUGGAAUAAAACAAGACUAGCCUUGAAAUAUAUUUACGAUCAUCACCUAAAUGAUGCCGAUUGGUUUCUCAAAGCUGAGGAUGAUACUUAUGUGAUAAUGGAAAAUCUUCGCUGGAUGCUGCAUUCAUAUUCGCCCGACAUACCCAUUUAUUUUGGAUGUAAGAUAAGACGUCAUGUUGAACCGGACUAUAUUGUGGGUGGCUCUGGCUUAGUUUUGAGCAAAAGUGCAUUAAAAAAGUUCAUAGAUGAAGCCUAUGAGAAUUGUUUGGAAGCUUAUGAUUUAUUACAAAUAGAUCAAGAUCGAAUUUUAUCGAACUGCCUUAGAAACAUCGAUGUCAUAGCUGGUGAUUCUCGUGAUGAACAUGGGCAGGAACGAUUUAUACCAAUGCCUCCUAGGUAUGUAAUACCCACUUUCAAUAUGUCAUGGUAUCCCAUUGAGAUUUAUCAUCAAGCGAAUGAAAAUGUUUCCUGCUGCUCUCCCAGAGCUGUUUCCUUUCAUUACUUUACCGAGGAAGAUUUUUACAUAUUUGAUUAUCUUUUAUAUUCCUUAAGGCCAUUUGGAAUAUUCCAGAAUUCAUCUUGGGAUUUGCCAUCCAAAUUUGGCGAUGAUGAGGUUCGCUUAAAGGGCUUACAAGAUGCGAAUAUUUUGCCAACGACUUCGGCGUCUUUGACAAACGACAGUUUAAAUAAAGAAACUUCUUAA